UGAUUUGAUUUCUAGUGUUUCGAUUUUUAACAUAAGCAGCAGUCCACGUAUUUAUGUAUGCGAGUAUUUUUUAUGGGAAUUUACCACUAUGCAAGUAUGUAGCAGAAUCUGUUUGAUUGAUGAAAAGACAAACAAUUUCGAAAUAAGCUGUCUCGACACAAAACGCCACGAACGUAAAAAAAUGACGUUUCCAAGCGUUGUUUUGACGUUCCAAUUGGUGGUACUGCAAUACACCUUCUUCACCUUUAAUAAGCUUUGAGUAUGCAUAUUUUUAAGUAGUGUACAUUACACGUCAUAGAUUUGGGUUAAAUUAUUCGGUCACACGGAAGACAUCUGACAACAAACUAGAACAUUUAUUUACGAUUGCUGGUCGAAGGAGCCUUUUCUGGAAGCUUGAAAGCAUACAAAUACAAUAAGGAAAUGAGUAAACGAGCCGACUAUGAGCGUAUAUCAACUGUAUAUGAUAAUACUGUAUCUCCAGUUGGUUCUGACGUCAUUGUUGCCAUGAUACAGCUUUACACAGGAAAACAACUGAAGGAUACACAUGUUUUGGAUGCUGGAUGUGGAACUGGUAAUUAUGCAAAAGAUCUAAUCGAUUACGGAGUUGGCCAUGUAAGUUUAAUAGACGCAUCCACUGGCAUGUUAGAAAAGGCAAAGGACAAACUAAAAGGUGCUGAAUAUGCGAGAAAAGUGGUGGAUAUCGUGGAUAGUAAGAUACCACCAUUACCUUUUCCAGAUGAAACAUUUGAUGCGGUAAUGUUUAAUCUUGUUUUGAAUCACUUAGAUGACGAAGAUGAUAAUGAGUACCCCACUUGUGUUGAGGCAUUGAAGGAAGCAAAAAGAGUUCUUCGAAAAGACGGAUUGAUAAUCAGUUCAACAGUUUUACCAUCUACGCUAAAACAUGCAGUUUGGUAUACUCAGCUUAAUACGUCUUUGACCGAAAGAUAUAUCAAACGAUUACCUUCCCUAGAACAAUUUGAAUACAUGUUUCAAGCCGCCGAUAUAUCAUGUGUUCAGAAAAUGAAUAUAUCAGGCUCGGAUUUGCAAAAAGUGUACCACUGUCUGGAAGGUCCGCUUGAUUCUUCCUGGCGAGCAGAUCAGGUAUACUGGCUUAGUGCUACUGAGGGCGAUUUGAAUGUUGUCAAACAAAAAAUUAAAGAAUUAAAAGCUAAAGGCAAACUCGAUGAAUGGGUCAAACAACAUGAUAAUGUCAACACUUGUGGCCUUCUGACUAUCUUCGUCUGCAAACCAAUAAGGAAUAUCUAAUUGAAAAGUAGUUCUGAUUGUUGUAUACUCCCGAAGUCGUGGCUCGUUAUAUAUACAGAUUACCUGGACAAAUUAAACCCUCGUGCGAAAAUGUAAAAUAUGUAAGGAAAGCUCAUGGAAGUUUUUGUAGGAAGUUCUGCACGUUUGAUAAACCGGAAGUAAUGGUGUAACGUCAUCAUAGUCGUCUUUUUAGUUAGUUUGUUACAUUUUGAAAUUCAACAACAAUAAAUCACUAGGAGACUGCAAAUAACGAAAAAUAUGUUGAUAGAAGGAAAUAUCAAUAGGCCCAAGUAAACAGUAUCAUUAAAAAUAAAGUAGCAAAUCUGAAGCAAUAAUAAACAUUUCGGGUACUCAAGUCAAAACCUAGACAGGAGCUGAACAUGUAAAAAUAUUUGCCGUUCAAAAUUCACACUUGUUGAGAACCGGGUUUUAGUGGGGCUAGUGUGAGAUACAAUUUCUUUAUUAUUUUAUUGUUUUAUUAUUCUAUUAACUAUAGGUUAUGUACCCUGGUCAUUGAGCUACAUAUUGAAGUACAUGACUUGUGCAAGUCCAUACAUAAUGCUUUUGGCAGAGAUUUAUCAUAAGCAUAAGUCCAUUUUAUGAGAAACCUUCAAAACUGUAUCUCCCUCAAGUUAUUGGAGACUGUUGCUAAAAACAGGUUGUGCUAGAUCAGCAGUUUAUUAAUAUUUUUGCAUAAUCAUACAUUUUAGUCUUUCUGAAAAUAAAAUUAUUUAUAUCUUCUACAAAACAUCAAAAUCUAGCUUGCAUUCUUGCCAUGUUUAUGGACUUUAGCAGAUAUUGCCAAAAACAAUUUUAUUUAAUUAACCUGUCCACCUUUGACCUACUUUCGCUGUAUAAUCUCUCUCUCUCUCUCUCUCUCUCUCUUUCUCUAUCUCUCUCUAUAUAUAUGCAGACAGUUUUGAUCAAUUAGGGUCCAACUACUGAUAAUUAUCAUAUCUCUUUCCUGAAAACAGUUGUUUACCUAUCAAAGAAGUCCCUGUAAAUAUGAUUGAAAAAACAGUUAGGGGUUCUCAGUAGUUGGUCAUCUAAAGGUCAGCCAUAUUGAAUUUCCAGGCACCUGUUGACUAUAUCUUUGACAACCAAUCUAAGCAAUACAAAGUAAUGUCUCUGGGAAAUAUUUACAUAGGAAGAUCCCAAAUAUUAUAAACUUCAUUAUGAUAUACUUUAUAGUAUCAAAUUAUGUGUAUAUUACUUGUACUAAUAAAAAAGGGGCCAGAGUCAUUAACCCAGUAAAAUCUGAAAUCUAGGCCAUUACAGGUACUUGAAAUUGAAUUUAAGGGGCUUCUAGACUGGGUUGAGAAUUGGAAUUUUACUCAUUAAAAAGAGAAAUUUAAGUAGGUUAAAUUUACAUUUUGAUUUUCUUGCUUUUGGAGAAAAACCAAACAGUGGAGAUAAAAAGGGGUGAUUUUAGCAAACCACAUCCUGUUCUCUACUAGUUUUUGAACUACAACUUGUGUAUCUAACUAAUCUAGUAAUUAAUUAAUUUCUUUAAAAUAACUUGUGAUAUUUGGAUUUUACUUACAAUGUGGAUAAAUAAUAGAUUUAAAGUUUUCUAAUGGUGAAAGUAAAAGAUGCUCUGUUAUAGCUGUGGCUCUUUUUCUUGAUUUUACUUUAAAUCUUACAGUGUUUUUGCCAUUUUCUUAUUCUUUGGGACUUAACAAUUUUCAAGACAUUUAGCUGGCAACAAACUGCAGAAUCAUAUGCAGGUUGUAGCUCCCUUAAUGACCGCUAUGGGUAAUAUACCCUGUAUAUUAUUAAUCCUUAAUUUCUUUUGUUGACCUGUGCUUCACAGGUAUUUUCCCCUAGUUCCUGUGCUUACUUUAUGAACUUAGUGUUUUUUCCAUUUAAAGUGACUUUUGGUGAUUUUUUCAAGUCGUCAUGGAAUUUGGAAAUUACCAGAAAUAUUAAUCUGAAUAUUUGGAACUGUUUACAUUGGUCUUGUGUACAUACUCAAUGUAAAUAAAAGACUUAGUUAGACUUCA